AUGGCGACCGACGAGGAAGACUGGGAGUCGGCAGAGCCGAUCGCGGUUCCCAUUCCUCCAAAGCCCUCGCCGCCCCAGGCUCGGCCGGCGAUCGGCUCAAGCCCCAUAACCGUCAUCGAAGUCAACGGCGAUUCCCGAACAGCCUACGUCCCCCAGGUGAAGAUCCUGAAGCGCGAUCCUGUCGCUAAUCCCCGGCCAACACCAGUGUCUGCUGCAUCGGCACCAACGAGGACGCUCAAGGAGAAGGAGGAGCUCUACAACGCUGCCAGACAGCGCAUUUUCGGUUCAGACCCCUGA